CCAUGCCACGUGAGACCAGACGUGGAGCAUGGGGACCUGAGCACACAGACCCUGGUCCCAGGGCUCAGUCUGUGGGAUUUUAUCAUGAGAAAUGCCCACCAGGAAGCCUGACCCAACACUGAGCAGCUGGGGAUACCAUGUCCUCAGAGCAGCUGGCGAAGGACUGCAGGAGAGGCCGGGCGAGGAGGCAGGAAUACCCCAGCACACACUCGGCUUGGCCAACAUUUCCUCCUGCUCUCCGGGGCCAUGGCUGACCUUAGUUAGAGACUGUGUUUCCUUUAGAAGAUGUCCCUGGGACUGGCUUCUCAUUCACUCCUGGAACACUCUGGUGACUGUCCUGAUGCCACUCUGUAUUAAAGCCCAUAACCAGGAUGAUGCCUUAGAACCACAGAAGCAUGGAAGACAAUGACUGAUGAAAAUAAGACUGACAGAUUUCAUGAAGAAGGCAGGAGGAAUCAUUUAUCUUGUGUUAAAGAAAAUUUGGAAUCAAGCAGAGACAUGCCCUGCCUCUGACUGGAGAGCCAGUGUGCUGGGGAGGAAUCUCAUCAAUGCAAGGCCGGCCCUCAUCCUCGUGAUCUCUGCUUCAUUUAGAUUCCAUUAAAUUGCCUCAUUGCUCCCCUAUAAAAGGUGUCCCCACUGCCAGUUCCUCAGAUCACUGACUUCCAGGCUCACUCCAUUCAACAAAGCAGGUUGUGCAAAGCCACAGAAAGAUGUGUGACCAGCAGAAGCAAGCACAAUUCGCUCCAUCUUGUGUGACAGGGACAGGAUUGGGGGCUGGGCAAAGUACCAAAUGUACCUCUGUGAAGUGCCCAGCUCCAUGUGAGACUCAAACCAUUGUGAAAUGUCCAGCUCCAUGCCAGACUCAAACCUACGUGAAGUGUCCAGCUCCAUGCCCAGCUCCGUGCCAGACUCAGACCUACGUGAAGUGCCCAGCUCCGUGCCCAGCUCCAUGCCAGACUCAAACCUAUGUGAAGUGCCCAGCUCCAUGCCCAGCUCAAACUGUUGUGAAAUGCCCAGCUCCGUGCCAGACUCAAACCUACGUGAAAUACAUAACUCCCUGCCAGACGUACGUGAAGUGCCCAGCUCCAUGCCAGACGACUUAUGUGAAGUAUCCAGUCCCCUACCAGACCCAGACGUACUAUGUCCAGUACCCUGCAUCUUAUCAGACCUACUAUGGUCAGGCUGCCGCAGCAAGUGCCUCUUCCACCCAAUGCAGUGUCCCUAACCCCUGCUCUGCUCCAUGCUCCACCAGCUACUGCUGCCUGGCUCCCCGGACCUUCGGGGUGAGUCCCCUGAGACGCUGGGUCCAACGGCCCCAGGGCUGCAACUCAGGAUCAUCAGGCUGCUGUGAGAGUUCAGGGUGCUGCAGCUCUGGAUGCUGCCUUUCUAGGGGCUGUGGUUCUGGGGGCUGUGGUUCUGGGGGCUGCAGCUCUGGAUGCUGUAGCUCCGGAGGCUGUGGCUCUGGGUGCUGCUGUUUGGGAAUCAUUCCCAUGAGGUCCAGGGGUCCUGCAUGCUGUGAUCGCGAGGAUGACUGCUGCUGUUAAAUACAGAAGAAUUGCUCUACUUCAGAAUUCACUGCCCUACGCUACCUUCUGGAACACUUACCCCCACCUAUAGCCCUGGUGAUGUAGAAUCUCAUUGCUUCACCUCUGUGCUUUGCUUCUCUAUCAAGGCAUCCUGCCAGAGUUAGUGCGACCCCCCAAACUUUGGCAAGAAUAAAAAAGCGCUAAA